AUGUCUGGCUCACCAAGGGAUACAGCGAUGAAACUUGCCACGCUCUCGACUUCGUUCAUUGCUCUGCUUUUGACCACCUCUUCUGCUUGGGAACUUCAGGCAAAUGGUCAUGUAUACACUGGAAAUGCACCCAAGGGUUGCCAGUCCAUUAAUAUUCCUCGUGGCUCCUCAAUCAGCUGGACUGGAUCCAAAGGCGCCGAAACCCUCCAGCUAUUCAACGUACAGGGGAAGUGUUCUCAAGUAUAUCGAACUGUAAUGGGUGUUGGAGACAUCAAUGCUUCCAACAAUAUCUAUGGAUACAUGGUGAAGCCCUGA